AUGCACGCGAGAAUAAAUAUACGUAACGCCGUGUUUGUACCACUUGGCAUUUCCAUAUGCGCCGCUGCCGUUGUUAUCGCAGCUCGAGCAUUAUUACGCGAAAGGGCGAGGCCUGCGGUUCUUUUGGAUUGCGAGCGGAAGGCAUAUGAAAUACUUGAGAUGCUUACGAGGGCAACAAUAAAAACAGAUGGGCACGACAGUAAGCAGACGGAAUGCAAAGAUGACGCCUCCAUCGCCAUUUUUUUGAAUUGCAACGGGGUGGAGUCCAUACACGUGAGGACUUUAGUGUUUAACCACAAUAUCAUGCAACUUCCGUCCGUGUUUGCAGUUCACUGCGGCUUGAUGAAGAAUUCGCACCCGGACCAUCUUCUUGUUUGCGACAUUUGGAACUGUCUCAUGGCGUUGAUGAACUGCAGCAUCCGUGACAUUUUAUUGGAUGAUGGCGUUGCAUUGUGUAUCCUCGACGAUGUAAAAGCUGAGGAAGUCUUGGCACUGUGCAUGCUGCUGCGAGGUAAAUACUCAAUCGCGCGGUAUCCGCCUGCUGCUCAAGCCGAUGUUGUGGUACAGGAGUUUCCUGAAGAGCUGUAUUUGGGUUUAAUUACUGCCUAUAACAGAAAACGCUCGCUUCAAUCCGGAAUAACUUCUUUUUGGAAGCUAAUGUGCUCCUCGUGCUCCAUUCCGCAACUUGUCACCUUGGCGGCUACCGUAUUGUUCUCACCAGAGGUUAUUCUGAAAUGUAUUCUGGGGAUGCAUGCUUUCGUCCACUGGCGACCUAUCUACGCGGCGGAGAUUGGAAAGAGUCUAAACGGCGAUGUGUCACCCAAGCUGUCGCCAUUCCGGUUUAUCAUAAAGCAACUUAUGGGGCUUCCAGCGACUUUUGUGUCGAUGGCGGUUGCGUCAACGUUUGCCUUUGAGUCGUUGUACUGCAUCCGUGGAUUUGUUAUCCAAUCCAUCCUAUCGGAUAUUAUUACUUCUAUUCACAUUGAUGCCUAUUUGGCGCUGGCUACGGCCGACUACGAUCCUUCUGAUGAUUGGCUUCUCUCCCGUUGUGUAUCGCAGGCUCUUUGGCAGGCCUCAGGUUCGGUGAUGGAUGAGCUGCAGAGUCGAGUGCCUGCACUACUUGAAGUGAUGCACGGGUGUCGAGUCGUCUUCAGUUUUCCAGUGGUUUCUCUAGUCAUGUGGUUAGGGACUCAAUGGAGUAAUUUCCUGUACUUUCUUAAUGAAAGCCUUUACAUGGAGUCGCAGUUUACAAAGAGCCAAUUAGCUUCAGUCACUAAUAUCGCUACUUCCACUUAUGCAGGAAAUGGAGAGGAAAAUCAGGUGUCUCCCACCUGCUCAUUUCCCGUCCAAAAUUCCUUGACCUCGUCGCCCCUAACCCUUCUACAGAAACAGAAGGAUGACGGAAUAAAGUGUAUGUUAUCAUCUACGGACAACAAAAUGUUGUUUCAACAGACUUUCUCCCACCCCUCCCGUCACGACAAGUCGUCAGUGCAGUACGGUUUGGUGCUCUUUUCAAUGGUAUUCGUGGAGUCCGGUAGACCACUUGGCUACAUGUGGGACCUUCUCACACAACACGUGAUAUGGCCUUUAGUACCUUCCGUGUUCAGCGGAUGCGUUGUGGACGCAUUGAAGCGGAAAUUACAAGCAGGCGGCCACACAUGCGCUGUAAGUGUGCGACGGCUUGGAUGGAUAAAAGACGUCAUUCAAAACUCACCGCGACCAGCGACUGCGAGUCCGUCCACUUGUGUUUGGCAGUGCCGUCAGGAUUAUCUUCAGGGAUUUGCAGCACUUCGUCUUUCCGGGUGGGAGUUGAUGGCAGCCACGGCGGCUGCCGCCUUCGCAACAGCGUCGGAGCGGAAUGAUCGUUAUGAGCAGUGCGGGCGUGAUGUUUUGCACGGGUUGUUUCAGAUGGCUGACACGUUGCCACUUUUGCUUGUUUCAGCAGUGGCUCUACGUUUCUCACCUAACUUUUUUACGCAAUCGGUGUUGGAUCAAACCGAGAUAGUGAAUCAGUUGCGUUCAAUUCAACACUGGUGUCCAUUGUAUCACGCAUUCCUCGGCUCUUUUUACGACGAGUGCGGUAUGAGUGAAGCGCAAGUCGAUGAGGCUCACCUCCGGCGGCACCUCGCUUUUAGCGGAAGUUCACUGGGGUGUUAUCAAGUUUUGGAGGGUUUGCAAUCAGUUCAGCGGAAAAUUGAUCGACCCGUACGAGGCAUUGUCCCUCCUUCACUGGAUGGACCAUGGAGUGUGGAGUUUCGUGAAGUUUCUUUUAGAUACAGCGACAGACAUCCUUAUGUCCUCCGGCGAGUCUCAUUUGUCGUAAACAAGGGAGAGUUCCUUGGCAUUGCCGGCUACAGCGGGUCUGGGAAAACAACACUUCUCCGUCUGCUCAAUCGAACAUAUGCUCCAACGGAAGGAGACAUUUUUGUGAAUGGAGUACAUAUAAGCCAAUACCCUGCUCGCAUGUUGAGGCGCCGAAUAGCCAACGUGUGGCAAGAAGAGAACAACUUGAGAUUCAUUGAGGAUCUUUCCAUCGGGGGAAAUAUUGCGUUGGGUAAUCUCUGGGAUUGCAGCGAUGAAAACAUUUGCGCGGCACUUUCCGCUUCACGUGCGCUCAGCUUCGUGCAGAAGCGUUCAUCCGGAAUUCAUGCACCUUUAAAUGUGCGUGAGUUUAGUGGCGGUGAAGUGGAACGUCUUUGCAUCGCACGUGCUUUCGUAAAAGCCGGCUCAGCUGUUGGUCUCUGCAUUUUCGAUGAACCUACAAGUGCAAUUGAUACCAUAACUGAAGGAGAAAUCUUCGAUACGCUGCGGCUCCGUGAGGGAAACAAUUUACUACGGGAUUCUACCAUUAUUAUUGUGGCGCAUCGUCUUGCAACAUUAAAGCAUGCGGAUAAAAUUGUCGUUCUUAAUGAAGGAAUGGUUGCUGAGGUGGGAAGUUGGGAGACACUUUCCAGAACAGGGCCUCACUCAUGCUUUUCGAGGAUGCGUCAGUCGCAGCAAUUGCCCCACUUUGUGAAAUAA